AGGGAGGGAUGAGGAUUAGAGGCGAGAUCCGAGAAAGAUAGGGGAUUAGCAGUAGCUUCUGGUGUGUGCAGAGUUAGAGCAGAAUCAAUGCCGGCUGUUGCUGGCCUGGUCUGAAGUUCAGCUCGCACGCGUGCCUGCAAAAUCGGUUGUGCCAUGGCUCACUGCGUGGUCUUCUCUUGCUCGAACGCCUUCGCGCAGCGGCUAGCAACCUGUUCUCUCGCAAGCUCUUCCGCACCUGGUGCAGAGAGCGCGCAUGCUUAUCUGAGUUGGUCGUCUCGUUCGGCUGGAAAGCACGUGAGGAUACAACCAACGGUAUCUCGAACUUCGGUGUCGAGAGUAAGCCCGAGGGCGUGCGCUGACCCCCGAGAGUUGGAAAUUGUCCGAGACGAGGCAUGGGAGAAAAAGAUGCUGAGAGAGAGCAGAGAGCGAGACUACCUGAGACAAAAAGACGAGGAAGAAAGAUUACUCCAGGAAGCAGAAUAUAGGACUAUCGGGCAACAACUUCUCGGUUACCCUCAGGAAGAAGUACGGCACGCAAAGAAAUUUGUUUCUAGCUUAAUUCGAGCUGGCAGUGUUGUUGAAGAGAUGAUAGUCGAAGCAGCGGAAAACAACGAGUUGACUCCUGUCGUCUUGCUGGUUAUCAAGAAUCGUCUGGAACUCGCUCGACAUGACGAUGAAAGAGAUGCUAUUCAAGCCCUUGAUCUUCUGUACCGGCGCAUUGAGACCGAAAUGUUGCAGAGAGAAGCGCCGCUUGCUUUGCAGUUUUUGAAUGAACUUCUCAAUCUGCACGAUGGUUUUAGCCAUGAGGAGUGGCUACUGCGCUCUCGCCAAACCAUGAUCAAAAUAUUUCCUCCGGAAGAUGCUUUCACAUUUUUGGGCUCUCCAGACUUCGAUCUAUACAGCCACCACGGUCCUAUAGAAAUGCCGGAGGAAGAAGAUGACGUCUUGCUGCGGGUGGACUUCAUACGAGAAGUUGACAAUCUCCUCCAAGAGUUAGAGGCAGCUCCAGAAUUGAAGCCAAUUACAGGAUUUGAUCCUGCAAGUAUCGCCCUCCGCCUUCGCCAGGAGGAAAAGAAGAGAGCUAUAGCACAAGUCAAGGAUUUACGCAAACUAGCUGCGACAUUAAAAUGGUAGAUGACCCAACCAACUGCAAUAUGUGGGUUCUCAGGAAUCAAAAGAAUCGCAGACACGAACAGUCUUCAUGGAAGGUAAUGAAGACAAGAGAGGGCUGGAUUAUUAUGAGGCUCUUGACUGCAUUUCAAAAGUCUACCAGUCCCAAAAGCGCAAUAAAGGCUUUGGCACCAGAACCGAACCUUUACAAUCCCUUAUGAGGUCAAGUCUGAUAAAGGCCGUGACUGUGUUGUCCGUCCUCCAAAAUGAUCCUAAAGCUCACAUUUGUUUAUAACUGAAAGCAAUGUGUUUUCAAAAUUUAUAUAAGUUUGCAGAGCCUUGAGUGGAGUCGAAUU